ACAGGACUGCGCUGCGCGCCGGAAGCCCCGCAGGCGGCGAAGAUGGCGGAGAGCAGCGGUCGCGCGGGCAAGAGCUGCGGGAGCGGCGCGGGCAAGGGGGCGGUGUCGGCCGAGCAGGUAAUCGCUGGCUUCAACCGCCUUCGGCAGGAACAGCGGGGCCUGGCGUCCAAGGCAGCUGAGCUGGAGAUGGAGUUGAAUGAGCACAGCCUAGUGAUCGACACACUGAAGGAGGUGGGUGAGACCCGCAGGUGCUACCGCAUGGUUGGAGGGGUGCUGGUGGAGCGGACUGUGAAGGAGGUGCUGCCUGCCCUGGAGAACAAUAAAGAGCAGAUACAGAAGAUCAUUGAGACACUGACACAACAGCUCCAGGCAAAGGGAAAAGAACUCAAUGAAUUUCGGGAAAAGCACAACAUUCGUCUCAUGGGGGAGGACGAGAAGCCGGCCAAGGCCAACUCCGAAGGGGCUGGGGCCAAGGCCAGCUCGGCCGGGGUGCUGGUCUCCUAGGACUGAGGCCCCGGCAUCUCUUCUACCCUGACUCCCACUUCUUCUAAUUUCUCUUUAUUGUUAUUAUUUUCUCUGCUAUUGUAAUAUUUUUUUGUUAAUUAAAUGUUUUGGUCAGAAUGCUUAGCUCUAGCCUGAAGCUUUCUCCCACUGUUAGGGCUGAAAUUUGCAUGGGGGCUGGGAAAAGCAUAUGAUUUGUGGCUUUUGAUCCCAUCAGGUUAAUGGCUCGCAGUAUCAGAGGAGGUCCCUUAUUUGAUCCUUUCCCUUGCAAAUAAAGAUGUGUCUACUUACUUA